AUGGAUAAGGCAUCACAGUCAUCGUCGACACGGCCAGCGAUCUGCACGGAACCGUGCGUGACCACAAUAGAUAUUCAUCCACAGCUGCUGCUAAUGAAUGAGCCGACCAGUGAAGGAUCAUCCAGAAUUAAUCCCACAUUGCCAUACUUCUACGAAUCAAGCGAUCAAGCUCUCGAAGAAUAUUAUCUGCCUUCCGCACCAUCCUCAGAGCACAGCAGUGACAUCUAUCACAAGGAUUCCUUCGAAGAA